UCUGUCCGUCUAAAAACAGACUCAGAGCUGCUCACACUGCAGCCCACAGACCUCCACCACCACGACACACCACAUUCCUCCUGCUGCUGCUUCUGCUUCACUCUCUUUUAUUUCAUCUCCGGGACAUCCCCCACCCCCUGUCCAGGUGACGGGUGUCUCCCCCAGCUCCUCGGCCUCACUUUGCAUCAUGGAGAGUCUGGAGAAGCAGCUCAUCUGUCCAAUCUGUCUGGAGAUGUUCACCAAACCGGUGGUCAUCCUGCCCUGCCAGCACAACCUGUGCCGCAAGUGUGCCAGCGACAUCUUUCAGGCAUCCAAUCCCUACCUGUCAACGAGGAGUGGCUCCACGGUGACAUCCGGUGGUCGUUUCCGCUGCCCGUCCUGUCGACAUGAAGUGGUCCUGGACCGGCAUGGAGUUUACGGGCUGCAGAGGAACUUGCUGGUGGAGAACAUCAUUGACAUGUACAAACAGGGGAACACCAGCAGCAAACCGUCCCCAGAGCUGAAGCUGGAGCAGCCAAUGUGUGAGGAGCAUGAGGAUGAGAAGAUCAACAUCUACUGCAGCACCUGCAGCGUUCCCACCUGUUCUCUGUGUAAGGUGUUUGGAAAGCACAAGGAUUGCGAGGUCGCUCCGCUCAAUAACGUCUUCCACCAGCAGAAGGCCGAGUUGACUGACUGCAUCUCGAUGCUGGUUGGGAACAAUGAGAGGAUUCAGGCCAUUAUCAUUCAGCUGGAGGAAACCUGCAGAGCUGUCGAUGCGAACGGUCGCAGACAGAAGUCAAAGGUGUGCGAGACCUUUGAUCACCUGUUUGCCCUACUGGAGGAGAAGAAAGGUGAGAUGACUCUGAGGGUUAACUCUGAGCAGGAGGAGAAACUGGACUACAUCAGAAGUUUGAGGAGGAAGUACAGUGAACACUUGGACAACACUGCCAAGGUCCUGGAGACUGCCAUCCAGACCAUGGACGAGCCUGAGAUGGCAGUGUUCCUGCAGACAGCGAAACCUCUACUACAGAAGAUCAUAGAGGGUACCAACACGUCGCACCUGGACAAACUCCAACAUGGCUACGAGAACAUGGAUCACUUCACAGCUAACUUUGAACAUCAGAGGGGGGCACUGAACAAAGUCGACUUCAUCAAACCUGAUGAGGAUGAUGAUGAUGAAGAUGAAGAUGAAGUGGAGGUCAAAGGGACGACAGCAGGAAGUCAAGUUGAGUCACAGCAAACUGUACCUGCAGCAGCUGCAGUACUGUCAGCCAAUCAGCAGCCUCCUCAGUCACCUGUUCAGCCACAAGGUGUUCUGCUCUCAGCCCCACCCCCUCAGAGACCAUCAGAGGCUCAGCCCAUCAUAACAUCGCAACCGACAAGUCUUGCACCCACAUCACCCACACAGGCCCCUCCCCCUAUGCCCCUCCCCAUUACAAGCCCCAUCCCUCAGGGUCUGUCUGACCAGCAGAAUGAGUCGGAGGACAAAGACGGACCCAAACACGUCUUCUCCUUCAGCUGGCUCAACCAGAAAUAAAACCAGUACAACCAGUGAAACCAGGCCACACUGAACACACUGAGACCUUUUACCAAAACUGUGUCCAGUCUGUAAUACUAAAAAUGAAGAUCACAGGAUGGAAGUUUAUUUGUAAAAAUGUCCAAAAUAACAUUUUCUUAUGAUGUGACGUAUUUUCCAUGAGUCUAAUAUUCUAAAAAGGACAAUUUUUUUUUAAAAUACUUUCCAUUUAGUCUUUUAAGUGCAGUUUGUUUCU